UCCCUCCUUACGACAUUUCUCACGCGAUCUUUCUCUACCGCCACCUGCUCCUCUUCACCACAAACACGCUUACCACCAUCCAUUCAACAACCUCGUUACACCACCGUUUCCACACACACAUUCAAAAUGAGCGAGUGGGACUCCGUUACGCGCAUUGGAAGCAAGAACCGUGGUGGCCCUGCCAUCCGCGAGACCGUCGUCAAGGGCAAGAGCGCUCUGAACGCCGCCCAGCGCCAGGGUCUCGUUAUCGGAACUGAGAAGAAGUACGCCACUGGCAACUCGGCCGGACGCUCGGCUGCCGUUGAGGGCCAGCACUUGACCAAGGUCGACCGCAGCGACGACAUUGUCAAGCCCAAGACCGUCGGCCACCAGGUCGCGGACGCUAUCAAGAAGCGCCGUACCGACGAGGGUUACAAGAUGACGCAGAAGGAACUCGCCACCAAGUGCAACACCACCGUCACCGUCAUCCAGGACUUCGAGCGUGGUACCGCCGCCCCCGACCAGAAGGUCCUCAGUGCUAUGGAGCGCGUCCUCAACGUCAAGUUGCGAGGCUCGGACAUCGGAGCAGAGAAGUUCCCCAAGAAAAAGUAAAUUGAACGUCGGGGGUGAGCCCGCGGCUUUUUCUUACGGGGGAAACUGUAUGAAGUUCAUUUCCUUUCGACUUUCAUCUUCUCUCCCUUCUUCUUUCGGCCAUUCUCUGUUCCAAUCGUCCCGGGUUUUCAUCAAAUUCUUCAAUUGCGCAACCUUUUCGGAUGUCACGUUUUAACGCACUUUUAUUCAAUGAGAUCUCAUGAUUUUGUUUCUCUUUCUCCUUUGUUUAUCUGCUGGUCAGAAGAGCGCUGGCCCGGUAUUCAAAACGGAGUCUGUUUUUUUGUCAUCAAGAACAAAGACUUCGAGUCAUCAUUCAAAUGUGAUUCUGCCUCUAGGUGGAUACUGAGUGUUUUGCUGGCUUAUGCAUUUUUCAGGCGAGAUAGAAUUGUUGCCUAGCAAGUUGACCACGGAAUACAACUGAUAUAUUCAUGAGCAAGAC